AUUUCGGGGAAACCCCUACGACACCAGUCAAGAGAAACCUUCCUUCGAGUUCGUUUCUCUUCCUUAAUACCACGGGAAAAUGGCGUUAAAGUUUCGUUUAUUCAAUUGUGACCGUACAUUUAAUCUUGAUAAAGUCGAAGCACUUAUCCAGCGAGUUGCUGCGAAGCUUUCUCGUGAAACCAAGAUCGAAAAAACUUACUUUCCUCUGCCCCGCAUGAACGAGUUGUGUGUGAAACUCGAGAAAGAAGACCAUUUUGAGUACGCUGUGUUUGUCGUCCAUGCUCAUGAGUCUCGGCUUUCUAUAAACGAGGCAAAUGCUGGUAUUGGCUACGCUAAGGUAUAUCGAGCACUGCAGAAAGCCACAGGUGAUCGAGUGCUGAUUGUGAUUGGUGGAGAUGACAAUUACAAAGACCAAGGAGAGCGUGACAAGUCAGUUCUGUCACGCUGGGCCUGGCGCAAGAUUUGCUCUCAGUUCACUGAAGAUUACGUCAAUGGAGUGAAAAGUUUCAUUUUCUCUUGGGAGGAAGAUCACCAUCCCAUACAUGAAGAGGCGCUCGAGUUCUAUCUUGACCCAACGUUGCGGGGAACCCAGUUCGUACCACGCCCAAAGCCACCCACUGCAAAGGUCCCUGAGAAAGAAGAGACAAUAAAAGUUGAACAGAGUAAAUUAUCGGAGGUAAAGAGGCAAGUGCCACUACCCAUGGAGGCUAAAAGUAUUCUUGAAAACGAAUUUCCACCAGAGAGGAAUGAAAAUCGUGCCCUACCUUCACGACCAGAAACACGUGCUGAAGGCAUGACUCGUCCUCUUCAGAGAGAAAAUCAAAAAUCUGCAAUCAGUGGUACACCAGAUGUUCACAUUCUUUCAUUUCAUGCGUCAAAACCAUCUGUUGAUCAGGUGGAAAACUACAUUAGAAAAGUUUCCAAGGAAUUUGCUAUUCCAUCAAAUCCAAAGUCGAGCGCAGAUCAACAAAUUAACAUCCAAGACUACAUCAUGAAUCACAAACCAGAAUAUCUGGUGCUCGUGUCUGAUAUUGAUAAUAUUCAAGAUGUGCCCAACGUUGACGAGCAAGUUCAACGUUACAAAGAAAUCGUCGAGAAGAGCUUCAGCGUUGGUACAAAACUAGUCUUCAUCAUAACUGAAGACAAAAACUACAGAGAAGGGGACUUUUGUUCCAUGGCCGUAAGCAACAUAUUCACAACCUUGAAUCAAGACAUGACGAGAUCAGAGCAGCCGAUGGUCAUGUCAUGGAACACAAUACCGUGGUCUCUCCACAAAGAAGCAUUGGUUCAGUUACUGAGAGCGUAUGGAAAUGUACAGCGGUCCGCACCAAAGCAAUAUGGAACCACCAAACAAGACCCAACACCAAGCGUUUCCUACACUCAACCUGAAUAUAUUCCAAUGAAAAGAUGGUUUUACAGGGCAUCUAUCAGCAAUGGUCGUCUAGUUGAGGUUUUGAAGUCCGAUCCACCCGGCUGGGAACCCGAUAUUCGCUUCUUAAAUGACUUGCUAAUGAAAAAUGGAAGUUUAGAGAAAGCUACCAUUGAAUUCUGGGAUGAAGGGGACGGACGCGGAGUACAGAGUACUGUUCAUCCAAGCAAAGCCAUGCUUUCCAAGAUCGCUGAAGGAUUUGGUACAGACAAGAUGCAUUCUAUUCUUGUUUAUUCCUAUCACGUCAAAGAAGAAACAAACAAAGCGCUAAGUAAUUUCAUACAUCACUUGAACGUUCCGGUACUGUUGCCGUGGGAACCUAUAGAGCCAGCCUCAUUGAUGACAGAAAUCACGGGCGUUAAUCCAGAUUAUGUAAUGUUUUCUGCUGACACCGAUGUUUUAAAAGACGAAGACGAAGUGCAAACGCUGAUACAAGAGCACCGAGCCAAAAUUAAAGACACCAUCGAAAAAUGUGUCGGUCAAGGAGUAAUCAUCAUGUUGUUUGGUGACAAGUCUUACAUAAAGGGGGAAGAAUUGGCUUCAGAGGAAGCAACACAGUGCGUUAGAAACCUGACCCAAGACAUCGUCCCCGCUGAUAGACUGACUGUCAUGACAUGUCAGAAAGGACUCUUCACAACACAUCAGGAUUGGAUGAUGAAAAACAUUCUAAAAUCUAAGGAUGUAAAGAGUUUUACAACACCACAGCAGUCAGCAAGUCAUGGAGCAGUUGCAUCUGUACCGUCCAAACAGUAUUAUUACAAAGCAGUUAUCAGAAAUGGUCAAAUAACUGAAGUGUUAAAACAUACCCCCCCAGACUGGAAACCUGAUGAAGAGAUGGUGAGAAAACAACUGGAGAAACAUAGAAAUGAAAAGAAAGCUUAUCUUGAAAUCUUGGGGAAUGACCAAGGAGAAAUAUUGUCAAUCACUGUAGAAAAGGAAUCGAAAGGACCCUUUUUUUAUGCCAACGAACUUAAAAAUUCUUUCACUUCAUUUCUUAGUAGUGAUACUAAAGAUAAACAUUCCGAUAAGAAAGAUUACGUCUAAAGACCUCCAAAGAAAAAUUGAAAGCGUUGAAAAAGUAAGUUUAACACUUGUACAGUAGUUUUUGACACUCGAUAUAAAUCUUUUGUGUCUGCACGUUAUCAUGAUCUGAAGUUUAGAAUUCUAAAUAGAAAAUCGAUAUGAACACCUUGAAUGCUUCAGGUCGUGGUACAAUUUUCUGUUGGCUGUAAAUCAGAGAAAAAUAGAAAGACAAAUCAUGCUUCAGGUCUGUGAUGUGUAUUAACCUACUUGACUGAGUCUUUGUUGUUGUUUACCAAUGUUAAUUAAAUAGCAUUAUCGUA